AUGGACACACAGCAGUCGUCCCCCCUGCUCCGCCUGCCUGUCGAGCUUCUCUACGCCAUCUUCACCGACGUGUACGCCAGUCGCUUACUCAAAGGCCGUCUCUGCCGCGCGCUUCUCCAUCUUCAGGACGACCUCUCGAAGCGCAAGUACAGGAGGGUCAAGCUCGUCGGCUCGCAGAAGCUCCUGCAGUACGCGCAGACGAUUGAGACGAGGUACAUGCUCGGGCGCGCUUGCGAGUCGAUGACGAUCACGAGCGACGAGCAGCGGCCGCACGACAAACUCACCGACGUCGACCUCGAGGCCUUCUUCGCCAACUUACCGAACUUGCGCCGCUUUGUAUGCGACAGUACGCAACUCUGCGUCGCUUUCACCAGCCUCCUCAAGUCGCCCGGCAGGACGCCUUUUCCGCAACUCGAGGAACUCGACUUGUCGCCGCCCAAGUCACUGUCCUUCCCCGUGAACUCCCUUCUCAAGCUCUCCUCGCUCACCGACUUGGAGAUUGUGAACUACCGUCCGGAGAUCGAGGCUUCCGUCGAUGUCGAGGAUGAGGAGCCGAUCCUGCUGCCUCGCGACCUCGGCACGAUCAACGACCUCUCGCUGAGCGGGCCUAGCAAGAAGAGCUGGGAACUGACGGAGCACCUGCGCCCUUUCAAGCAUCUUACGCACCUGGAUGUCGGAGGUCGUUGCGCUUUACUCGACGCGAAGACUGCCGACUUCCUCCGCCGCCGGCCUCUCGCGUACCUUCGCUUCGGUCCCGGCGCCAUCCUUUCGGCAAGUUGUCUUCUUGCAGUCGUUUCCGGAACCAGCAAACAUCGUCAUCUGAAGAAGCUUGUCCUGGACAACGUGUCAGCGAGCUGCUUCUGCGAUGAUGGCUACCUCGAGUACAUGAUCUUUGCCUCGGACUGGCUCGACCACGGAUACAGGCUUCCUCGCUGGACGAAGGCCUUCUCUCGCAAGGGUUGCGAGUCGCUCAUCGCCGCGACCCAGACCGGGACGAUCAAGCUCCUCGGCAGUGCAGUCGCAGCUGUUACCCUCGAGGACAAGAUUCGCAAGAACCAGCAGUCUGUCGAGGAGUUCCUUCAAGGCUUGGACGCGAAGAGGCGUCGCAUGUGGCGUGACCUUGGUUUUGCGGAACCUUGA